AUGACAAAGAAGCAUGCAUCAAAGUCCCCUGGAGGGCUGGUUAAAUCUCAUAUUGUGGACCCUGUAACAGAGUUUUUGAUUCAGCAAGUUGGUGAUGCAGCUGGAAAAUCUGUAGCCCUAACAAAUUCUCAGGUGCUCCUGCUUCUGCUGAUUGGGGACCGGACUUUGAGAAUCACUGUUCUGUAUCAACUUCACAGAGGUAAAGGAAGCCUCUUUCUUCUCUCUGUUUCUCCUUUCUAUUCACUUGAAUUUUCCAGGAAUAACUUUUGGGUUUUUAUUCAACAGGAAUCAUGUUAUUUGAAGGAAAUCAAAGUAUCAUACCUCCUGGGUUUUUCAGAAUAUCCAGAGCUCCUGAUUCCACUCUUCCUGGCUUUCUUGUCUACCUACACAGUCACUGCAGUGGGGAAUUUGGACAUGAUAAUAAUCAUCAAGAUCAAUCCAAACCACACAAGUAUGUACUUUUUUCUCAGUCAAUUGUCCUUUGUAGGCUUCUGUUGUUCUACUAUAGUUACACUUAAACCAUUCGAGAACUCAAUUGUGGAAGACAGAGCCAUCUUUUUCUCUGGUUGCAUUCUACAAUUUUGUUUUGCUUGGAUAUUUGCUGUAACAGAAACUUUCAUGUUAGCAGCAAUGGCCUAUGACCAUCUUGUGGCAGUUUGUAACUCCUUGCUCUAUACCACUACUAAGUCUCAGAAGCUUUGUGUGCUGCUGGUGGCUGGGUCUUACUCAUGGAGUAUAGUGUGUGUCCUGACACUCACAUAUUUUCUUCUUGCAUUAUCCUAUUGUGAGUCUAGUAUCAUAAAUAAUUUUUUCUGUGAGCACUGUGUAAUUGUUUCUGUCUCCUGCCCACACCCAUAUAUCAGCCAGAUGCUGUGUUUUAUUAUUAACAUAUUCACUAAGGGCAGCAGCCUGAUGAUUAUUCUGCUGUCCUAUAUAUUCAUUUUUAUCACUGUUAUGAGGAUGCCUUCUGCAAGUUGGCACCAGAACACUUUCUCCACCUGUGCCUCCCACUUGACUGCCAUCACCGUCUUCCAUGGAACCAUUCUUUUCCUUUACUGUAUCCCUAAUCCUAAAACUUCUUGGUUCGUAGUUAAAGUGGCUUCUGUGUUUCACACAGUAGUGAUUUCCAUACUGAAUCCUUUGAUCUACAGCCUUAGGAACAAAGAUGUGAAAGACAUAUGCAGAAAAUUAGUGUCACAAAAUUGUGUUUUUACUCAACAUAAUAUUGUUAGAUUCAUUAUUUUAUUUCUGAAAAAAUUGAUUUGCUAUGAUACGGAUUAUUCACCUCUUGUAGCCCAAUAG